UNGGUUUGCAUCAGAAAUUAUCGAGAAAAGAGAGGGAAAGAAAAGAAGAGAAAAAAAAAAGAAAAAGGAAAGAAGCUUGAAGGAGGAGGAAGAAAGAAGAAGAAGAAAUUAAACAAGAUGAUCCAGCUGCUGUUCACGGUGCUGGCGGCGGAAGCGGGGGUGGUGGUGGCGCUGCUGUUCCGCACGCCUUUGCGGAGGGCGGCGCUGGCGGGGCUGGACCGGCUGAAGCGCGGGCGGGGCCCCGUGAUUGUGAGGACGAUCGCCGCGAUGAUGCUGGUGGUCGUCUCCUCCAGCGCCUACAGCAUGCUCAAGAUCCGACGCCGCUCCUCCGAGAUCGGCCAGCUCACCCCCACCGACCAGGUCCUCUUCGCCCGACACCUCCUCGAGGCAUCCCUCAUGGCAUACUCCCUAUUCCUUUCGUUAAUAAUAGAUCGCCUUCACCAUUACAUCCGAGAGCUACGCAGUCUGAAAAAGAACAUGGAAACCGUGAUGAAACGGAACCAGGCCGUGGAAGAAGCAAAAGGUGGCAGUGCGGAGGAGGUAAAAGCACAUGGAAAAGAGGUGGCGAGUUUGAACGAACAGCUAAAGCAGCUAAAAUCAGAAUUGCAAGCAAAGGAGAAGGAGGUCAAAUCUGCGGAGGCCGAUGCCGUUGCUUCAAGGAGACAAUAUGAGAACUUUGUAAACGAGUACGACCGACUCAUGGAGGAAAACCAGAGCCUUCAGAGCCAACUCCAGUCUAUUGAUCCCAAGUUUUCGCAACCUGACAGGAAGAAGAACACUUGAGUUCAAUUUGGAACUGUCCUUGGACUGUUUGAGCUUCCUUACCUGAAGCCAUCUUUUUUUAUACUUUUUGUUCUAUAUUGUGCACAUCGGCUAAUUAAGUUAAUAAAGCAGUUAUCAGUUGGAGCAAAAUAGAAGGAUUUGGUUGAGUGUACAAUAAACAGUACAAGAACAGUUUGAUUUUGAAAAGCAUGCAGUUUCCAGGCAAAUCCAGCUUAAAUUGUGAAGUAGCUUUUCUUCUUUGCUGUAUGAAUGCAAAGCAGCUGCAUGGAUGAUUCGUCGGCAGAUCAAUAAGCUGCUAUAUGGGCUCCCUAUGCUAGUUGCAGGCUAACUGAUCUUUUGUGUGUUUUACUAGUUUAUCUGACGUAAAUUACAUAAUUUUUAAGACGCAUGUCCCCUUGACUCUUUGAUAAA